UGCCGUCAGGGAACCUGGAGCCGUGCAGGAACAGCUAAUAGGUUUUGAAGGCAGUUCUUUUAGAAUGGUCGGAGAACUGUUAAAAAGAGCAGCAUAUUUGAAGAAUAAAUCGAUUAGUGAGGAAUAUAGAAGGCGUUUAGCUAAGGCACAGGGUGUGUUUAAUGUUUCGCUUGUUGGGUUGGGGGUGCCCCCGUAUCCAGCAUCAAGCGAGUUAUUGGUAGCUUUUCUUGCUUGGCUGGAGCUGUCGAAAAAGACAGCAGAGAUCGCUAUGUAUCUAGCAGCAGUAGCUAGAGAGCAUAAGGUAAGGGGUUUUGAGGACUCUACAAAGAGCAAUUUGGUUCGCUUCGUUGUUGAAGGUAUUAGAAGUACGAUGGCCUAG